AUGUUGGCUAACAUUAGCUGGAGUCCCGCUCCGGAUCUGGUCGCUCUUUAUGGCCUUGUCCUGCAGUUUUUAGUGCCAGCAGGGAGCACAGUGUUUUAUUUUAAUCCUCAAACUAGCAUAUGCGAAUUGGAUAUGCUCUUAUGGACCAACGUAACUGAAAAUCCUAAAAUUAUUUGGCAAGAUAACGAACCCUAUCCGUUACUAAAUAGACGGCAUGGCUACAAUAUAUUUGUACUGGCCUGUCUCUCCGGAAACUCAUUCGAUUCUCAGCUAGAGGUCUUAAUUACCACAUUGACUAGGCUCAGGAGUGUGCGAAUAUUGAUCGAGCUGGAUGCUGAAGAAUUCUCGUGGCGAGCCACCGAAGUCCUAACCUUUUGCCUGAAAAACAGCGUACUAAAUGUAGUAGUGUACUUCAAAAAUUGGAAAGAUUCCUUUCAUAUCUACAGCUAUCAAGCUUUUCCAAAAUUCAGUCUCAUCAAGCAGCAUGUUUCGAAGGACCGAGAGCCCGUGAUUUUUCCUUACCAGUUGAGGAAUCUGAAAGGCUACAAGCUGCGCCUUCAACCGGAUCUCUCACCCCCAGCUACUUUUCGUUAUGGGAGUCACGGCGAACAAAUUUCCGGAUUCCUUUGGCAGUAUUUAGGGUCUUAUGCUCAAUCCUUGAACGCCGGCGUCCAUAUGGUUUAUCCAAGUUUCCCCAGAAGAAAAACUGCAGCCAGCGACUAUAUGAUACUGUAUACUCGAAAUGGAUCUGUUGACUUUGGCCUCACCACAGUAAUGAUUGUGUAUAAUUACGAGGACAGAUCUACAGACUACAGUUAUCCAUUUAUGUUCUUAAACUGGUGUACUAUGUUGCCUACAGAGCGCGCUUUAAGAAUUUCAGCUCUGUUCGAACAUAUACUUACCUUAGGGUCGGCUCUUUUCAUACUGUUUGGAUACCUUUUAGUUUUCCUGGGUAUUCCCUUCACAGUCAAAUAUCUGGGAAUCAGCUGCCGUGGACGGAUGAUAAGGCUCGUCACGAGAAUGUUUACAUUAAUCCUGCUGAGCGCCUGCUCCUCCCAGUUGAUAUCCUUGCUGAUUUUUCCUCCACUGGAGCCACGUAUUCGGAGCUUCGAUGACCUCUUGGCCUCGGGGCUAAAGAUUUUUGGAAUGCGGAACGAGUUUUAUUUCCUGAAUGCUUUUUUCCGGGCAAAGUACGCAUCCGCUUUUCACCUCUCGGACAAUCCAAACGAAUUAUACGACAACCGGAACUUCUUCAAUACCAGCUGGGCCUACACCAUUACUUCGAUAAAGUGGCGGGUAAUCGAUAUUCAGCAACGGUACUUUCAUCACCCAGUUUUUCGCGUUAGCAAGGAUCUCUGCUUCCAAUGGGACUCGCCUGCCAGCAUACUUAUCGCCCCGGAAUCUAUUUACCGUGACUCCCUGAAGCAGUACAUUCUCAAUGUGGCCCAGUCCGGUCUACUGCGCCAGUGGCUAAUCCACAGCUUCUAUGACAUGGUGCGGGCUGGCCGCAUGAGCAUCAAGGAUUAUAGCUUCAAGAGGUCACCGCUUCCUCUCCGGUUCGAGGACCUCCGGCUGUGCUGGGGGAUCUGCGGGAUAAGUCUCAUCAUCUCCGGCAUAGUGUUUGGAAUUGAGCUGCUGAUAUUCUACACUAACGUCUUUCUCAAUAGCUUGUAG